GUCUGGAUAUAAAUGAGAUAUGGUUUUGUGAGGAAGAAGCAUAGAGGAUUAUUCUUAACAACUGUGGCAGUCUUGCCAAUAUGGAACCCAAUUUCAGAGUUUGUGAAAUGGUAUAAGUCUCAUAAACUAUCUCAGCACUGCAUCCGUAUUUGUGGGCACCUGUGCCAAAAGCACCUCGAUAUGUUUCUUAAUGUAAUUGGCCAGAGAUGGCCAAUAGAUGUCUUCUCAAGUGUUUUUGAUCACCAGUUAAGUGCUACUGGGAGUGAUAUAAUAUGGUGGUUCCUAAAGUUAUUUUUGGUCCCAUUUUUUUUUCUUGAAAAAAGACUAUGAUAGAUUAACAACA